CCUCCUUCCUCUAGGCUUUGGCACCCGGCCCUCUCUGGGGACAACUCCCCCUGAAGCUGAAGCGGAGGCCGUCUUUCCCUUUGGUUUUCCUCGCAGGGCCUACUCCUUUCGCGGCCAUGGAGAACGGGGCGCCGGUCUACGCCGACACCACCGUCCCCGCCGAGCAGCCGCCGGGGAAGGGCCCCCGCUGCACUGGCUGCACCGCCGACAACUUGGGAGUGAGGCGGCUGGCGCUGAAGGCCUCGCAGCUGGCCCUGUCCUUCCUAGCCUUCUUUGAAGAAAUUGUGCAACAUUGCAGCAAUUGCGGUGGCCUUUACUUCUUUGAAUUUGUCAGCUGCAGUGCCUUCCUCUUGAAUAUCCCAAUCCUGGUUACAUAUUGCACUUCUUUGUACGAGAGGACAGGGAAGGAAAAAGUAGCAACUGUGGAUUUCUUGAUUGUUUCAGUAGUGACGGUCUUCUUCCUACUAGCUUCAAUUGUGUUUGCUGCAACCAACGAUAAUACACCCCCCGAAAGCGCUGCUAUUGUAAGUACAUGGCCCUUUGCUCCUCAUUAUUUGUGUUCGAUAUCUGGUGUGUGGAAUCAAUUUUGCAUUUUCAGGCCUUCCCUUCUGCAUGUACAGGAAGAUGUGGCACAGGUGAUGCAAAAAGAACGCAGUAGGAUGCUGCUGUUAAGACCUAGUGAAAAAGUUGCUGUGGAAUAACUUUAAGAGUCAGUU